AGAGGGCAAGCUUGACUUCAAUUUACAUCACAUCCGGUACCAGGCAGCUGAUGGAGGGAAGUCAGCGCUGUUAGCCACUCUGAUGAGCGCAGCUAUGGCUCGGCCUCUGUUUGGUGGUGCAUUAUCAGCUGUUUUUCCCCCCAGUGCACAGGAUAUCAGUGAACUGAGACAGAUCCCUGAUAAUCAAGAAGUGUUUGCUCACUCUCAGACAGAUCAGAGUAUUAUCACUGAAUUGCUGGAGUACCAAAGCCAAGUGCAAGAUGCUGACGCAGCCAGGUAUCACUUUGAGGACGUGGCUGCAAGUAACAAGGCAGUAGAGAGCGGCUCCUGGGAGAUCAGAGUGGUGGAGCAGCUCCCCAAGUCAGAGCUAACAAUGCAGGAAUGCAGUUCUGCCUGGUUACUCUCUGGAGCUCAGCUGGUCUCUAAAUUCAAUGAGGAGGCCAAGAACACCGUGAACAUUCACCUGUGCUUGUUUCGUCUGCCGCAGUACACCACUGACAUCUUAGUGACGUUCAAUGAUCCUGUUUGUAUCAAUCCCCUCAGCAGCAGUGCCCUUGGAAAUGUGGCUGCUAUACCAUGGACACUACAGGACUUCAAGGGUGUUCUGCAGUCAUUCUGUCUACUUGACCCCGGAGUGUUUGGGUAGAUGUUUCACGUGCACAUUAAAAUGCAGUUGGUUUUCAAUAAAAAGUUUUUUUUGUUGUUGUUGUUUUUUUGAGAGGCUUUUAAGUUACGCCUUUUCAAUGACUGAACAGAUUAAAACUAAUUUAACAGGUUAGACUGGCUAGGAACCCAGAUCCUCUAGAAAAUAUUUUUCUUUUAAGUGCAAGUACAAGGCUUAGCAUUUAUCUUAUUCAUAAGUGAGAAUGUGCAAAUGUGGAUUAUGGAGUAAUUGGUAAAAAGCAAAAAAUAAAAAUACAUUAUAAUAAGAA